GAUCAAUACAGCGAGAGUCCUUGCACACAAGGAUCAGCGCGUCUUUGGCUGUGCUGGAAUAGCACAAACAGCGGAGGAACAAUGUCAGAAAAUACAAUGGGCUUCCAGUCGCAACUCGCGGCUCUAAUGGAAAUGUUGGUGAAAGCAGUAGUGUGCGAGACGACCAAACUUUUCGAGUCGGGAGUCCUCCAGUUGAGGGUGGAAAUGGCGAACGUGAGGCAGGAGAACGAAGAGCUGAAGGCGCGGCUGCGGCGCUCGGGGGAAGCGGACAGGCACAGCAUCGCACAGAGAAAGAUCUCAGAUCCAGACACAGACGAGAGUAGCAACCCAGCGGUUCAGCUCACCGGGUCUGAGGCAGUUGAUGUCGUCAAGAUGAGCCCCAUCGUGACUCUGAAGGAGGAAAACUCUGCAGUGGAUUUGAGCUUGGUCAAACACGAGGAUCUUGACACUGAGGAGUGUGGGACUGAGGUCAGCAAGGAGAAACCCAAGGAGAUGUUUUCCAUUCAUGAUGUGUCUAAGGAAACAGCUGUAAAGAAAAAUGAAAUGCACAACAGCACUUGUGAUGAUAGAGACGACUUACCUUGUGAUGUGCAAGCUGCUCACGUAGAAGAUAUCAAGGAAGUUAUAAAACAGGAUGAAGCUUGCGAGGAUUUAAUAGACAGAAGCAAUUGCAUAAAGGGGACAGAUGCUCUUUACAGCACAGGAAGAGGAUCUGUCAGCAGGAAAAUAUUAGAGAAUAAGCAGGAAAUUCAGAAUUGUAAUCAUUUUAAGACUGACCACUUUGCCAACAAUUGCAGCAAAGAUGGGGUGUCCUGGCAGUGGGCCGUGUGUAAUGAGGACGACAGUCGAACAGUUGUUGAUGGGCCUUCCUUACCUUGGGCUACAGUGCAGGAUACAGAAACGCAGCACGCAUCCUACAUGGAAGAGGACGCCGAGUGCACCUCUGCAAGAACCCCUUCGAGAUCCUGCUGCAUUAAAAAUGUCUUUUUGGAUGUUGGCCAUGGGACUCAAAAGACUGAGCCUCUUGUGGAGGUAAUGGAUAAAAUGGACUCCGUUGAGCCAAGACGUGACCAGAUUGAUGGCCAUGAAUGUCAUGAGUGUUUAGAUAGAAAUAAUUGCUCUGGAGAAAUACCAAGUGUGCCUCCCCGGGAAAGGCCACAGCUACCGGCAGACAUGUUACCUUGUCAGUGUAGGCAGUGUGGCAGGAUCCUGAGUUCGAGUGCAGCCCUUGAAGCCCACCAAAGCGUUCACACCGGAGAGAGACCGUACUCCUGCUACAGCUGUGGGAAAACGUUCCCCAGCUUGCGAGGACUCAACAGACACAGCCAAGUGCACACAGGAGAGGGGCAGUACCUGUGUUCACAGUGCGGGAAGAGUUUCGUUUAUCAGUUCAGUCUCACAAAACAUCAGCUGAUACACUCAGGGGAGAAGGCACACGCUUGCAAACACUGCGACAAGAGCUUCAUCUUUAAGUCAGACCUGACCACGCAUAUGCGUAAACACACAGGAGAGACGCCGUACAGCUGCAGCAUCUGUGGGAAAAAAUUCAAGCACAGAAAAACGCUAAACGUGCAUGUGCAAGGCCACAUGGGAGAGAAACGGCACACCUGCACACAGUGCGGGAAGAGAUUUUUGGACCUGGGCAAUUUCAAAAGGCAUAAGCGCAUUCACACUGGUGAGAAGCCCUAUAGCUGCCAGCUGUGUGGUAAGAGCUUCACGCAGUCGGCACACCUGAAGAAGCACUCACUCACACACAGGUAACGGUGUGUGGGGGGGGUUUUUUUUUCUUCUUCUCCUCUUCUCGACAUUUGGUGUUAAGUGGCCCAAAAAAGCCUUACAGCCACAUUCGUAAGAGAUGUUUACAGGGACAAGCGGGGUGUGUGUGUGUGUGUGUGUGUGUGUGUGUGUGUGUGUGUGUGUGUGUGUGUGUCUUUACAGUUAGUCAUUGUGUUAGGUGUGUAUGUUUUCAUUUCUAGAAGCUUAUUGCUUUCUGCACUCAUUACAUUGGUAGCAUACCAUAGAAUGUAUAAUAAAGGAUUAAAA